AUGCAAUUUCUCAAGACCGCGAAUGACAUUUCCCCACUUAAAAUAAAGGGCGUUGUAGCCACAGAAAGGGGGGUUUCUAAUGAAUUUGAUUUAAAUCUAUCAAAGGUUGAUAUAAAAAUGCCAUUAGAUAGAUUGCGGGAGUAUUUAACUCAAAAUAAUUUAGUAUUAGUUGGUAAACAAAACUCUAAUUUCCGGAAUAAGUUUGAAUAUAAAGUUCCAUUCAUUAAUGAAAGUGAUUGGAGAUUAGAAGAAAUUUUAGUUCAAACAGAUGGCACAACUGAACUUGAAAGAGAUUUUACGUUCUUUAUUGAUAAAGACUUGUCAAGACCAGGUAUUCCUGAAAUUGUGAUGAAUCUUAAUAUAGCUAGAGGAUGUAUAAAAAAUAAAGAUGGUACUAUUGUUCAAGCAGAUAAAAGCGCGUUCCGUAUUAGAAAUCCACAUUUAAUGGAGGUUAUAACCCAUCAACAUCUUGAACAAAUUGAAGAAAAUAAUAGAGGAGGGCUUCAAGUUUGUUGUGAAAAAGCCACUAUUAGGCUAUUACCGGAAGAUUUAGAAGCGACUGAUGAUUACAUUACGGCUAUUGAAGGCGCAUUGAAAAAAAAUUCAACUUCAGAGAAAAAAGAAGCUUUAAAUGAAGUGUGCAAUGACUACGGAUUUUUCUG